AUGUCUGCUGAUAACAUUGCGACUGAUACGUGUCGAUCAUAUGUGCAGCCAAAAUAAUUGUAUAUUUAUAAAUAAUUUAACUAAUAACAUCCAAUUUAAUCAAUAAAUUUGUACAUAUACUUACCAACUGUAUAUUCAUUAGAUUUAAAGAUCAAGUAGUGUUGUUUAACAAUACAAAUUACGGUGUAUUUCACAACAUUGUUUCACCGACUGUUAUAAGGUAAAGGUAAUAAUGAUAGAGCUACCACGGAUUACGCGAGCCCUAAGGGCUCACACUCAACUCGAUAAACCACGAUGUUUAAAGCCAACUGCUGACCCCACAAAGCCGGUGUUAUUAAAAAAGAAGUCCUUACAGAGGUUUAAAUCAUACACAGACAUAUACAAAUAUGUCAAAGAGAAUGAGCCUAACUCAAAUGAGAUACUAACACUCUUUGAUCAGUUAAAAGAGGCAUGUAAACCGCUUACAAAAGACCAGCCGGAUGAGGUUAUAGAUGAUGCCGCAGUACUCACUCUGCGGAUGUUCCUGGACCAAGAUAUUGUGAUGCUAAAGCAUAUGUCACAGUUGAGGCAAACAUUCGGACAAGUCAUGUCGACUACGGCUAAUAAAAUUUGUGAGAUUGUAACACAAAUCUCCGAGCAACUAAACGAGACAACAAAAGAAUACAUUCGCAAAGAAGAGUCAGAAUCCAAUAAGGAAAAUAUCAAGCUGUGGGGUGAACAUAUACAAUGUCACUAUAUACCGUAUAAGCCUGCCAAGAAACCACUUGCUAAGUUGACUAGCAAGCCUGCUACGGCCAGCGCAUUUGUUACUGACUUCUCUAUGAAGUAUAACAGCCAAGCUCCUAGUUCAAGCAAUCAAACGAAAGUUCCUAUAGCCCCAAUUGAGUCGAAAUUCGGUAAAACCUGGCUAGAAACGAAAGUAAAGGAACAGUACGAGAAUACCUCAGGCAUCUCAAGCGUCGACAUCCUCCAAUCCGUUAUAACACUCCUAAACUCGCCCCGGACCAACGACGAAAUGCAGAACGAUCUGUUCGAGUUACUCGGCUUCGAUAAGUUUGAGUUUAUACAAGACAUAUUGGAGCACCGACAGGAUAUCAUUAAUAGUUUGAAGGCGCCGCCGCCUGGUCCCACGUUGUCUGAAAUUGCUGCUAUACUUCCUGAGAACAAAAUGCCACAGUAUCUAUGCCAAGUAUCAGUGUUGUCAGAGCAAGAGAAGAUGUUAGCUAAGUUAGUGAGGAAAGAAGAGAAGAAAGCAAAGAACAGGAAGGUGGAAGAAGAUGAUGAGGAUCAGGAGAUUAAUAUCGCGCAGUUGAGGUCUAAGAGGUUAGCUGAAUUAUCGAAACCAGUGGUACCAUUUUCUACAUCCAGAUCAGCCAACAUAGACCCUAUUCUACAGAAAAUAUCGUAUUUCCAAACUAAAGUGCAGUAUCCUAAUGUUUAUGAUUCUGCUUUAGAAGCUAAGAAUUCUGCAGGUUUUGUGUCAGGUCUUAAGUUAAUAUUACCCGAAAAUGCAAUCAAGAAGGACUCUAAAGAAUAUGAGGAGAUCAUUAUACCUAAAAACGACCCGCCCCCUCUUACUAUUGGAAACCAGCGAGUUCCUGUUGCUGAAUUAGAUGAGAUCGGUCAAAUGGCCUUCGAGAACAUCAAAGAACUCAACAGGAUACAGUCAGUGGUCUUCCAAACUGCGUACCAUACGAAUGAAAACCUCCUGAUCUGCGCGCCCACCGGGGCCGGCAAAACUAAUAUAGCGCUGUUGACAGUCGUGCAUCAGAUCAAACAACACAUCGAGAAUAAUGUGAUCAUGAAAAAUAAGUUUAAGAUUAUCUACAUAGCACCUAUGAAAGCUCUCGCGUCAGAAAUGACAGCAAGCUUCGGGAGGCGACUUAGGGGUCUUGGUAUAUUGGUACGGGAGUUGACCGGAGAUAUGAAACUGACUAAAGCUGAAGUGCAACAGACGCAAAUGAUUGUGACUACGCCUGAAAAGUGGGAUGUUGUUACUAGGAAGGGUGCCACCGACACAGAACUAGCAUCAAUCGUAAAACUGCUCAUCAUCGACGAAGUUCACUUAUUGCACGGCGAUCGAGGUCCGAUAGUCGAAGCGAUUGUCGCGAGGACGCUGCGACAAGUCGAGUCCACGCAGAACAUGAUACGGAUAGUCGGGCUGUCUGCUACGCUGCCUAACUAUGUUGAUGUCGCCAGAUUCCUUCGCGUAAACCCGAACAUAGGUUUGUUCUACUUCGACUCUCGCUUCCGGCCCGUGCCUCUGGAGCAACAGUUCAUCGGGGUCAAGGAAAGUGGCAGCGGUGGAGGCGCUCAUCUUAGGAUGAUCCAAUCAAUGAACGAGAUUUGCUACGACAAAGCAGUAGACAUGGUACAAAAAGGGCACCAAGUAAUGGUGUUCGUACAUGCGCGUAACGCCACGCACCAAACAGCAAUGGUUCUUAAAGAAUUAGCACAAAAGAAAGGUCAUCUAAAACACUUUGAACCUGACGAUACAGGGGCCUUUCUUAAGGCGAAGAAGUCUAUUGGUAGCAGCCCUAAUAAAUUGUUAGCUGAACUCUUUGCUAGUGGUUUUGCCUGUCAUCAUGCUGGUAUGCUGAGGAGUGAUAGAAAUAUGGUAGAAAAAUACUUUGCGGAAGGUUUCAUAAAGGUUCUAGUUUGUACCUCCACGCUGGCGUGGGGUGUCAACUUACCGGCGCAUGCUGUAAUUAUUAGGGGCACAGAAAUCUAUGACCAAAGCCACGGUACAUUCGUGGAUCUCAGUAUACUAGACGUCCUACAAAUCUUCGGUAGAGCCGGACGGCCGCAGUUCGACACCUCCGGUACUGGCAUCAUUAUAACAACACAUGACAAACUAACACAUUACCUGAAGUCAAUGACCAACCAGUUCCCUAUUGAGAGCAACUUUAUUAAUUUACUUGCUGAUAAUUUGAAUGCUGAGGUCGCCCUUGGAACAGUAACUAAUAUUGAUGAAGCAGUGGAAUGGCUCAGUUAUACAUAUUUGUUCGUGAGAAUGAGAAUCAACCCCCAGGUCUACGGUCUUACAUACUCUGACGUUCAAGAAGAGCCGAUGUUGGAGACCAAACGUCGCGAAUUGAUCACUAGUGCUGCCAUGCGGCUUGAUAACACUCAGAUGAUACGAUAUAAUGAACGGACUGGGCAUCUUAAUGUUACAGAUCUCGGUCGCACAGCUAGUCACUACUACAUAACCAGUGAAACUAUGGAUGUGUUCAACUCUAUGGUGCGUAAGUCUAUGACCCAAGGAUACGUGCUAGAAAUGUUGACGAGGUGUUCUGAAUUCCAACAACUCAAAAUUCGUAAAGAAGAGUUAACAGAGCUUUGGAACCUGAAGAACCAGUUCUGCGAGCUUCGGAUAGAAGACCCCCCAGAGGACAUUCACUGGAAGAUCAACAUCCUCCUGCAGACAUACCUGUCUAGGGGACGCGUGUCUGGGUCUUCGCUGCAGUCCGAUCUUAAUUAUAUUAGUCAGAAUGCCGUUCGAAUAAUCCGAGCUCUCUUCGAAAUCACUCUACGUAAGAACAACGCUUACAUGGCCGGGUUAUACCUAAAGAUGGCCAAAAUGUUAGAACUGCAACAAUGGGACUUCUACAGCGAUAUGAGGCAGUUCAACUGUUUCACUAUCGAAACUUUGAAACACAUUGAGUAUCCGAUGUUGAAACCAGACCAGAUUAGAGAUAUGGAUUGGAAGGAAGUUGGUGAUCUGAUACGGAACCCAAAGAACGCUCGACAUCUAAAGAAAUGCGCCGACGAGUUUCCUCUAUUAGAGAUGGAAGCCAGCUUACAUCCAAUCACUAGAACCGUCUUGAGGAUACGACUGACUAUCAUACCUAAUUUCAAAUGGAACGACAAGUACCACACGAAGGCGCCCGAGGCAUUCUGGAUUUGGGUGGAGGACCCAGACACAGACAUCAUGUACUACCAUGAAUAUUUCCUUAUCACCAAGAAACAGGUAAUUACGAGGGAACCACAAGAAUUAGUAAUAACUAUACCGAUUAGCGAACCGUUGCCGCCUCAAUACUACAUUCGAGCGACUUCGGAAAGAUGGUUAGGAUCAGAAAGUGUGUUGCCACUUACAUUCCAACAUUUGAUUCUGCCCGAAACGCAUCCACCUCACACAGACCUCCUAGAAUUACAACCGUUACCGGUGACUGCUCUAAAAGACCCGUCAUACGAGAUGCUAUACAACUUCAGCCACUUCAACCCCAUCCAGACUCAGAUCUUCCACUGCCUGUACCACACCGACCAUAACGUGUUGCUGGGCGCCCCCACUGGCUCGGGCAAGACUAUUGUAGCUGAAGUCGCCAUGUUUAGAGUUUUUAAUCAGUAUCCGGAAUGCAAGGUCGUCUAUAUAGCUCCACUUAAAGCUCUUGUCAAGGAAAGGAUAAAAGAUUGGAAGGUACGACUCGAACAAAAUUUGGGAAAACGCGUCGUAGAGUUAACAGGUGAUGUAUCCCCUGACAUCAGAGCUAUACGGAACUCGCACGUGAUAGUGACGACCCCGGAGAAGUGGGACGGUAUCAGUCGGUCGUGGCAAACCAGGAACUACGUGCAAGACGUAGCUCUCGUUGUUAUAGACGAGAUACACUUGCUCGGUGAGGAUAGAGGACCGGUUUUGGAAGUUAUUGUCUCAAGAACAAAUUUCAUCGAGUCUCACACGUCACGGCGCCUGCGCAUCAUAGGAUUAUCGACGGCUUUAGCCAACGCUAAGGAUCUAGCUAACUGGCUGAAUAUUGGAGAGAUGGGACUGUAUAACUUCAGGCCGUCUGUACGACCUGUGCCCUUGGAAGUCCACAUAUCAGGCCACCCUGGCCGCCACUACUGCCCGCGCAUGAUGACUAUGAACAAGCCGACGUUCCAGGCGAUACGCACGCACUCGCCCUGCGCGCCCGCACUAGUUUUCGUGUCCAGUAGGCGGCAGACCAGAUUAACAGCCCUUGAUCUCAUCGCAUACCUAGCGGCAGAAGACAACCCUAAGCAAUGGCUACACAUGCAUGAAUCAGAGAUGGAACAGAUCCUCGCUAACAUUCGCGAGUCCAACCUCAAACUGACCCUGGCCUUCGGCAUCGGCAUACAUCAUGCCGGUCUGCAUGAGCGAGACAGGAGUACUGUUGAAGAGUUGUUUAUUAAUCAGAAGAUACAGGUGCUAAUCUGCACAGCAACACUAGCGUGGGGCGUGAACUUCCCCGCUCACCUCGUGGUCAUCAAAGGAACGGAGUACUACGACGGCAAGCAGAAGCGAUACGUCGACAUGCCCAUCACUGAUGUACUGCAGAUGAUGGGGCGAGCGGGGCGGCCGCAGUAUGACAACGAAGGAGUAGCAGUUGUCUUAGUCCACGAUCAAAAGAAGAACUUUUACAAGAAGUUCUUGUAUGAGCCGUUCCCGGUAGAGUCUAGUUUACUGGACGUGUUGCCUGAUCAUCUUAACGCUGAGGUUGUGGCUGGUACCGUUCAAACCAAACAAGACAUCCUAGACUACAUGACAUGGACGUACUUCUUCCGGCGUCUCCUCAAGAACCCGUCUUACUAUAACCUGGAGAGUGUUGAGCCUCAGGACGUCAACUAUUACCUGUCUAACUUGGUGCAGAGCUCUUUAGAUGUGUUGGCCGAUGCUAACUGCUUGGAGAUUGAAGAGGAUCUUCGCACAGUCCACUGCACUUGGAUGGGUCGAAUAGCAUCAUAUUACUACCUCUCCUACAAAACUAUGGCGCAUUUCACAAGGAAUCUUCAGUACAAUAUGAACAUCGAUGAGUUAUUACGAGUUCUAUCUGACUGUGAAGAGUACGCGACGCUGCCUGUUAGGCAUAAUGAGGAUCUGCUUAAUGGUGAAUUAUCCAAACAAUGCCGUCUGCCUGUCGACGCUCUAUCUCUUGACUCGUCGAACGUCAAAGCAUUCUUAUUACUGCAAGCCCACAUGACAAGGUUACUGCUACCGAACACCGACUACCUCACUGAUACCAAGUCAGUACUGGAUCAGACUAUUAGGAUUCUACAGGCAAUGAUAGACACAUCAGCAGAAAACGGCUGGCUAGCCGUCUGUCUCUCCUGUCAGAUGUUAAUGCAAGGCAUUGUACAGGCAAGAUGGCCGACGGAAUCCCCCCUAACAACCCUCCCAUACGUGGACUCCCAACACCUAUACAUGUUCUCACACAUGUCUAGAGAUACGGAUAGGCCUUGUAUGAUGUUGAAUGGACUUAAAGUGGCCUGUGCUAGGAAUUAUGAGUUGUUAGCCAAGUAUUUAAGGAAAGAGUUUGAGGAGAAUCAAAUUGAGCAGAUAUAUACCGCUAUUUGCGAUAUGCCUACUCUAGACAUAAAAAUACGUAUACGCGGUCUAUGGAUGGACCGCGACAAUGUACAGGAAAAACUUAUUCAUGAAAAUCCUUCAAAGGACAAUUGGAUGCCGUUACAUGCUGAUCAGGAAUACACCCUCCGUUUGGAACUAAACCGUCGCGGCGGUAACCCCAACAACGUGUUCUGCCCCCGCUUCCCGCGCGGCAAGAACGAAGGAUGGAUCGUGACCGUCGGGACUGUGGACGACGGAGAACUACAUGCACUCAAACGUGUACCCCCCAAGGGGAAUCCACAGGUCAACCUACACACGCCUUCAACACUAGGCCGUAUAAUCUACACAAUAUACAUCAUGAGCGACAGCUACAUGGGUCUAGACCAGCAGUACGACAUGCAGUUUGAGAUCUUACCCCCACUACCGGAAGAGAAGGUCGAACGAGUUUAUCAUGAUAUCGAGAAAGUAUUCCUAGAAUAAUCGAUAUAAAUAAAUUAUUUUAUAUUUCA